GGCGUCGGAGCAAGAUGCCGAACCGCAAAGGCGCGCGCAACGCCUAUUAUUUCUUCGUGCUGGAGAAGUUGCCCGAGCUGAAGCGGCGGGGUCUGGACGUCGCCGGAGUGACCGAGGCCAUCCCGCACUGCUCCGACGACUGGGCGAUGCUGAGUGAGGAACAAAAAGAAAAGUAUGUUGAAAAGGCUCGUCGCUGGAAAGCUAAGAAUCAGGAAUUAGCAAAAAAGCCACCCAGCCAACUUGCAGCGCCUCUUCCCACACAAACCCAGAAUAGAGUUCCUGUUUCAAACCUCACAGGUCUACAUAGGAAGUGUGAUCAAGUUGUGCUUGAAACUUCAUUCUACUUCUUGAAUAUCUUCAGUCAUGGAGUGCUGCCCCAUCAUUGUAAUCAGCGUUUCCUCCCUUGUGAAAUUGGCUGUGUCAAAUUCUCACUUAAGGAUGGGAUCAUUGCAAACUUCCAUCGUUUUAUAGAUCCUGGAGAGGUGCCACGGGGAUUUCGUUUUCACUGCCAGGCUGCAGGUGAUGCUACACACAGGAUUCCCAUAUCUGGCUUUGAGCUUGCAUCUGCAAAUCAUUCGGUUACAUUAUGUGAUCUAUACACAUUUAUCCAGCCGCGCUGGGGCACCUGGCCACCUGUGUAUUGUAAGUCUGACGAUCAGUUUAGGAUCAACUGGUGCCUGAAGCACAUGGCUAGAGAAGCAGGCACAGUAAAUCACCUGGAGCUUCUCAAUGUGGAAGACCUUGUUGUAGAGCUGUAUUGUCAGAAGCUUCAAAAGGAGCCUUCUAAGACUUGGGUGUGUAACACGCUGGAUGCCUCCAUGUGGGAUUACUCAGGAAAUACUAGGUGCCAGUGGCAUGAAGAAAAUGAUGUUCUGUUCUGUGCUCUUGCUACUUGCAAGAAAAUUGCAUAUUGCAUCAGCAAUUCUCUAGCCAAUAUGUAUGAGAUCCAGCUAACUCCAUCCCAUUUACCUCUGUGGGAGAAGGUUUCUCAAAGCACAGUAAACCCUAAGAUGAUAGUACUGGAUGCUGGCCGUUUCCAGAAGCCAAGGGCUGAGAGUAAAGGAAAUGACAUGUACCUCAGAUCUCAUAAUCAGGAUCAAGGUGCCACACCCUGUACUGGUGAGCAUCCUUUAGGAGUGAAGACAAUGUGUGAAACAAGCACCAGGUAUGGAAGAGGAAUUGCACGAUUUGGAAAGCAUCUCCAAGCAGACCAGCAGUUAGAAGCUUACAAUGCAGUGCCUCCUCUCCAGAACAGCUCUACGUGUCAUGAUUUUCACAGUCUUUGGGAAUAUAAGGAUGUUGUAUUUACUUUGUCGUGUUUAACCAUGCGUUAUCCUUAGUUGAAGGAAUAAAUCAUUCUAUCCCAUUGUUUAGGGAAAUGUUAACUGUUUAAAAGAAAAUGUUAUGGUACUCUAGAACAGGUUCUGAAGAAUAUUUUUUCAGUAUGUAGGAAUGUUUAAUGGAUGGUGGAGGAGAUUAGACAAAAUCAAAUCAGUAGAACAGCUUUCUGAAACUUUGUGUUGAUUUCAGAAGACUCAUGUGCGUUGAUUCAAAAACAAGGCUUAUUUACACUUGCUAGUGCCUUAUUCAAGUAAACCUUUGCUUAGUUCAUAGACCAAGGAAGCUUCAGUUGCAAUUACUGUAAGUUUUGGGAUGCUACAAUUAAAUUCUUGUCUAAAGAGCAAGAUUUUAUAUAACAGUAGAAUCAAGCAUGCACUUAACAUGCAAGCAAAUAGCCCCACUUCCCCAUCCUCACAAAAUGUAAAAUCUUGCAAGUGUAGCUAGUUGAAUUCCUUGGAUCUUUUCUUGUUCCUUGAAGUUAUGCAUUAAUGUUGUUAAUCUUUCAGAAUGUUUUCAAGUCUUAAUGGUGAGAGCCCAACCAGCUUUAGGAUUUUA